AAAUAACCAGCCACCUGUCUCCUUGACUAAUGCAACCAGCCACUUAUCCUCCAAUAAUUUCCAAACAGGGGAACUUUCUUGGUAAGUUCAAGCAACUAAGUUUCUUGCUUUACCAAAAGUCCAUGUGGAAUAUACAGAAUCCGACCUAAAUAACGCGACAAGUUUUCAUUCCUUUUCUUCCUCCUCAGUUCCGUUCAUCUUAUCGCUUACUACAAUGCUGAGAAGAAUCCUGUUACUAACAUGUGUCAUAGCUAUCAGCUUUGUAGUGUGUCAUGAUGCUAAGGAAGAAGAAAACUGUCGGAGGAAUGCUUCAUGUGGAGAUCUCCUAGACAUUCGAUACCCCUUUAGCCUCAGAACCGGUUCUGAAGUUAAUUGCCCCAGCUAUCCAGCUAAGCUAUCGUGCGAGCAUAAUCGAACCACCUUAAAUCUCUUCAACGCUACAUAUUAUGUCAAAGGGCCAAUCGACUAUGAGCGUCAUACAAUCCAUGUUGUCGAUCCUGGCUUGCUAAACGAUACUUGCCCUUUUAGGCCACUCAACCGGUUAACGUUUGAUGAUUUCAAACAAUCUGGAUAUUUGCCAGCGGAUGAAUACAGAUACAGCUAUUACGACUUAAUUUAUACCACUAAUUAUAUAUCCUUCUUCGAUUGCUUGUCACCCGUUGAGUCUCUGGAUUACGUAAAAAUCAACUGCAGUACUACUAACUCAUCAUCUGCUACAAUCUCAUAUUCUUAUAUUAAGGUGAAAGAUGGAGUGGACAAUCUUCAACCCUCUUGUAAUCUGACCGGAAUCGUUAUGUCUUCUUAUGGCAUCACACAAAUUGGAAGUGGCCUUUCAUUUUCUCACAUCCGUGAUGAUUUGAGAAGCGGUAUAGAGCUUUAUUGGGGUGGAUUUCUUCCCGACGGUUCGUAUGCAGCUAGCCCCGACGGUUCGUACGCAGCUACCCCCGUCGGUUACUGCUACGACCGAUACCUAUCCUUCUACUGUUUCGGUGAAAGAAUGUUCCUCGAUCUCAUAGAAGCCGCCAAGAUCAUCGGGUGGUUUCUGAUGGCGCGAAUGAUGCUCGGCUUUAUUUUGUUGGGUUUCUGUUGCUACAAACUGUACUGGAAAAAGUUCCCAAAGCAUGAAGCAGUAGAAGAAUUCUUGCUUGCUUGCAAGAAUCGAAUGACAAGGUAUUCGUUUUCGGAUAUCAUGAAAAUGAUGAUUGAGUUAAAAAUUAAAGUCAGUCAAAAAGGCUUUUGGAAAAAGCUCCUGAAUGAUUCAGUUCAAAAGUUCUUGGAUGCAUGCAAGAAUGUUAGGAGAAGAAAGUAUUUUUAUUCGGACGUCAAGGUGAUCGUAGUUUCUCUAAAACAACUGAGUCAAGGAGUCUAUUCGAAAAAAUUCCGAAAGGACGAGGCGGUUGAAGAAUUCUUGGAUGCAUACAAGAAUCUUAUGCCCAGAAGGUAUUCAUAUUCAGAUAUUAAGAAGAUUACAAUGGAUUUCAAAGAUAAACUCGGAAAGGGGGGCUUUGGUUCCGUCUUCAAAGGAGAGCUGUCGGAUGGUCAUCGUGUUGCAGUCAAGAUGUUGAGUGGAUCCAAAGGUGAAGGGCAAGAUUUCAUCAAUGAAGUUGCUACAAUUGGAAGAAUCCAUCAUGUCAAUGUGGUGCAACUAAUUGGAUUCUGUUCUGAGAGAUCGAAAAGAGCUCUUGUUUACGACUUCAUGCCUAAUGGAUCCCUCGAAAAAUAUAUAUUUUUGGAGAAAGAAAAAGGCGUUGUUCUUGGUUGGGAUAGAAUGCACGAGAUAGCUCUCGGGGUGGCUGGUGCAAUCAAAUAUCUACACCAGGGAUGUGAUAUACAAAUUCUGCACUUCGACAUCAAACCUCACAACAUUCUUCUUGAUGAGAACCUCAAUGCUAAAAUCUCCGACUUUGGUCUUGCAAGACUUUACCCUAGAGAUCAUAACACUCUUUCUCUUACUGCUCCAAGAGGCACGAUGGGAUAUAUAGCUCCAGAAAUGUUCUACAGAAACCUCGGAGGUGUUUCGCACAAAGCUGAUGUUUAUAGCUUCGGAAUGUUGCUAAUGGAAAUGACCGGUCGGAGGAAGAACUUGAAUGCGCAUGCACAAAAUUCAAGCCAAAUAUACUUCCCUUCCUGGAUUUAUGAUCAACUAGAAAAGGGAUUGAGUGUUGAAAUUGUUGAUGCCUGUGAGAAUGAUAAGAAAGUAGCCAAGAAGAUGAUCAUGGUUGCAUUGUGGUGCAUACAACUGAAGCCGGCGGAUCGCCCUUCCAUGAGCAAAGUCGUAGAGAUGCUUGAAGGUGAAGUCGAAGCCUUGCAGAUGCCUCCGAAGCCUUUCUUCUGUCCCCAAGAGAUGCCGAUGGAAGAUCCGGUUGAUGAAACGGACAGUGAAGACGAUACAAUCUCCUUGGUAUAAGGGAAAUGCAAUGCCGAAUCUAUCUUUGUAAUUUUCGAAACUCCACGUUCGUGUGGUGGAUUCUUAGCCUUUUAUAUGAAACAUUUUAAUUUAAUCUCGAGUUUUUUCGUGA